AUGGAUUCUACCGGCCGAUCACCUGCCACCAAGGAAGAAAUGGAUCCUUUUUUCACUUCGAAUCUGUCGCUCCGACACAAUGUUCCCGCUCAAUCCAACCAGCCCAUCGAGAAAGGCCCCUUCCACUAUUACGCCAUGGAAAUGAAGAGCCUGGUCCAGAAGAUUCAAGAUCUCCGCCAUCUAGGCAUUGAAGACAGCAAGAUCGUUCUUCCCAAAAUCUGUGUUGUCGGGGAUCAGAGCACUGGAAAGAGCUCCCUCAUCGAGGGUAUUUCUGAGAUCAAAGUCCCCCGUGAUACGGGUACUUGUACUCGUUGUCCCAUGGAGAUCAACUUGUCUGACAGCGAUGGGCCUUGGCAGUGCAUCAUGCACAUUGCACACCGCUACACAUACAUGCCAAACAACCGGGGAACACAGCUUCCCAGCAAGGCAAAGCCACUGGGACCUUGGGUUGCUUCAGGUGGCAAUGAGGAUGAGCACUUUACUACUCUGUUCGAGAAAAAUGAUGUCAAAAAUGCCAUUUGGUGGGCACAGCUUGCAGUACUGAACCCACAGAUGGACACCCAGGAGUUUGUCCCGGGUAAUAAUCAAAAUACACAGAAGACGGCCCUGGUGAAGUUUUCCCCCAAUGCUGUACGGUUGGAUAUUUCGGGGACCGGCCUGCCCAACCUCUCCUUCUAUGAUCUCCCUGGCGUUAUAAGUCAGACCGAACAAGAUGGAGAGAAGUAUCUCGUUCGCCUGGUUGAGAAUCUGGUCAAGGACUACGUCUCGCAGAAACAUUGCAUCGUGAUCUUAACCCUCCCCAUGACCGAUGAUGCGACGAAUUCCAGCGCCGCCCGGAUCAUUCGUGACAUCGAAGGUGCCAAGGAGAGGACGCUGGGCGUUUUGACUAAGCCAGAUCGCGUGUCGAAUGCUGAAUCUUUUGACCAGUGGCUUGAGAUUCUGGACCGGAAGAAGUUCACACUUGGUCAUGGGUACUUCGUCAUCAAAAACAACCCCAAUCCUCUUGUCAGCCACGCGCAAGCGAGAAUGGAGGAGGAGAUAUUCUUCACCCAAUCACCAUGGAACGAAGAGCUUGCGGCAUAUGGCAACUCUUUCGGAACUGCCAAGCUCCAAAUCUCUCUCUCAGAAUUGCUUAGAAAGCAAAUUCUGGGAUGCCUGCCCUCGAUAAUUGGGCAGAUUGACGAGAAGGUGGACGCCAUCGACAAUGAACUUGGUACUUUGCCCAAUCCCCCGACUGAAGAUGUCCAGAGGAUUCUUUGGGGAAAGACUUCAGACCUUGAGCGCAAAAUCCAGCAAGUCUUCGAUGGGAACUCAAGCGUGACCCCGGCAGCAAAGAAACCUCUUCAAGAAGAAUGGAAUAAAGUCGUCAUGGAAUUUCAGUUCGCCUUGUCGAAGACGCGUCCAGUCCUCGAGAUGACCGCGUCUACGGACGAACAGGACCUCGCAGAAGAUUCCGACUGCGAGAUCUUGAUGGUCAGCAUAUCGCCCAAAAAGCGAAAAUUGUCCGCCGACGUCAAAGUCGAGGGGCAAGCUGAGCCAAAGUCGACUUCGGCCUCACCCAAGAAGUCCAGUUUCAACACAUCUCUUUUCCAGAACCGCGAAGGAACCGCGCAUCGCUUCACAUUGAACGCAUUGGCAGAGAUCAAAGUUCGCUCCAACACGGUGGGAGUGCCAAAUCAACUUGAUCCCCGCGCGAUCGAGAAUCUCAACAAGAAAAGCGUAGAGCACUGGGGCAAGCUGACAGCUACUUUUGUUAAAACCCUGCAUCGUCUGGUACAGGAUAUCCUUCUAAGCGCUUUGCACGAGGAGUUCAAUCAGUACCACCAAACCGGACUGUAUCAAGAGCUUGACAGAAUUAUGAAGGAAUAUCUGGUUACCAUUCAAGAUUCCCACCUCAAUUACGCACAGGAGUAUUGGCGAAGCGAACAUGAGCAGCCCUUUACAAUGGCACAGAUACAGCAUCAGACUCUCAUGAGACAGGCAUUGGAGACACUGAAGGCUCGACGAUUCAGCGCGCGUGCUACUGUCUGGUUGAAAGUGCGGGGCUAUGACAUGACGGACGAGAAGCUGAUCUCGGACAAAAAGAGGAGAAUGUCCCAGGAAGAACUUGGUGCAGAUCGUUAUGCUCAAGAGAUUGAGAUGAUGGCCAGCUCGCUGGCAUAUUAUGAGAUCGCCCGUUCUCGUUUCCUGGAUGUGCUGUGCCAGUCUACCCAUACCAAAUUGAUCCGGAAGUGUCGUGCGGAGUUGGUCAACAACAUUCGUGACGAGCUCCAGAUUUUCGGAGACAACGGACGCGAGCGGUGCCUGGUGCUGAUGGCCGAAGACGCCGAGCGUCAGAACCGUCGGGUUUGGUUGCACAAAGAACGGGAGAAAUUCGCGAAGGCCCAAGAAUGGAUUUCGACCCUCAGAAAUGAGGAUCUUGAGAUGGUGGACUCGGAGAGUGCGGAGGCCGGCGGCAAUGUUGCAUGGACGUCGUCGUGCACACACGCCGAGGCAGAAUUCUAA